CGGGUGUCCUGGACGGCGGCAGGAAGCCUUUCGGGGCGCCCGGGCCGUGCCGUGCCGUGCCGCCGCGGGUGCUGCUCGCUCGCCUCCUCCCGCCGCCCGCCCGUCUGCCCGCGGCGCCUACGGGCUGCGGGGCGGCGGCGGCCGGCCCCUGUGCCGGGGGCUGCGUGGGCUCCCGGCUCCCCGAGCGCCCGCCGGGCUCCGCGCUCCGCUCCGGCCCUGCCGCGCUCCGGCAUCGCCGCUCGGGCGCUCCCCGGAGUGUGGGCACAGUGCCUGCCAUGUUUUGCUGCCGCACAGCCCGCCUUCCUGCCAUGGCUUCCCGCCUUCUGGCGCGGGCAGGCUCCCGGCAGGGUUUGCCGCUGGCUCCCGGCGAGCCCCGUGUCCCCGCUGCUUCCCCUUCUGCACUGGCGCUCCGCCGUGGCCGGCCAGCUGUUGUCAUUGCACACCUGCCUGCAGGCGUGUCCCUGCGCCUUUGCUUUGGCGUAUGUACGACCUCCGACUGUCAUCCACCCUUCCUUUUGCGCCCUAGAGGUCACACGGCUGUAUACAGUGCUGGCCCAUGGUCCUGUGUGCCUCUGCGGUUUUAUCUGUGCAUACAGAUACCCCAUCUUCUCGUUCUAUACCUUCGCUUUGAUGUAGAGCAGACAGGACACUGUCAGCCUCUCUGUGUCAUCAUUCUAUACUUUAUAUCAGUAGGAGAUGAGAGCACAUCUAUAAAUUACAAGCCUACGCUGUUGCUCUAACUUUUCCGGUACUGUAUGCUAUUGCUGAUAACUUUUUCUUUCCUUUCACUGUGCCAGGGCAUUCACAUCUACUGAAAUAACUCCUAUGGCAUACAUUACCCUGACCCUGUUCUUAACAUGUGUCUCUAAUACUUCUUUGUAACCACUUACACCCUUCAUAUAUGACUUUAUUAUAGCUAAUAAUCAUUCUUCUGCCUGAAAUUACAUAGUUCCUUAGUAUGUCUUUUGUGUGUGUACAUUCAAAUGGUUGUAUACAACUUACUAAUCAAUGGUCUAUUCUAAAAUACACGUUCUUUACUCAAGUAUGCCUUCUUAGUGUAUGCUUUAUUUCUUGUUACGCUUAAGCUUCCAUUGCAGACCUAUUUUUAUACCCUUCCAUUGCCCCCAAAUAUGUUGUCUGCCCCUGUAGAAUAAUACAGGCAUCCUGUCUCUGAGUUUGUUUACUAAACAUACUUAAUAUAUCUGCUGGUCACUUUUCUCACAGUUUGUUCCAUCAUAUUUUUUAUGGUUCUAAUCCAAACAGUGCUCUAUCAGAACAUAUCUAGCUCUGGUUUAGUCAUACAUGUGCUUUAUUUCUUCUGUCAGAUGUGUAAAUAUGCUUUUAUAUGCAUUGUUUACAUGAAUUUUUCCUCUCUCUCUAUGCUUUAAAUAUUAGGCGGUAUAUCCCAUUACUGAUUGCCUAGGCCUCAAAAACUAAUUUCUUGCCUUUUCUUCUACAUCUCCCUUCUUGCAUAAUUAAGUCUUGUGUUAUUUUGAGAAAUUAGGCUUAAAAUUCUUCAGCUAUUUGCAUGAAAAUCAUGCCAUACAUUCAUGACUUCUUAAUUAAGUGUGUUGCCAUUUGUGUGUUGUUGUGUUAUGUGUCUGUUUUGUUAUCUUCCAAAACUAUCUGCAUCCUCAAUCUUGUUUUUUUUUAGUCCUUUUUCCAGCUUGAGAUUUUGGUAUUUCAUCUUACAUAUUUUCCUGCUCUGCCAGCUCAAUCUGACCAGAUCUGGACCAUCCAUCUUUUCCAAAUUCACUGUUAUGCCAUUAUCACCAUAUGUACACAGCAUUCUCAUUUCAAAUGCAAACUCCAAAAGCUUCCCUUUCAAAGCACUAUGCGCUUUUGUUGCUCUGUACCUCUGCGCUCUCCUCCUUUCCUCAAGGUGAAAAUAGCUUUCCAAAAUCUUCACCUCCACACAACCUCUGCAACAUUACCCACCUGAAAACUACAAGUGAAACGCUUCUUGGUUUUGUGUUCUUUCUGACCCCUUCACAGUCUUAAAUACAAGUAGUUUGUAAAGCUUCUUGUUGCUGGUUUACAGGUUUUCUAAGUACAAGUCUUAAAAUAGCUCUGCCUCAGCCUGUUUUGUUUGUGUGUUCAUUCAGCGCAUUAGCCUGAACUGCAUUAGCUGUCUGGUUUGAUCACACAGAGUGCUGAGUGCUGCUGUGACGGUGCCAAGGGCCCUCAACUCGAGUUGCCUUUCAGGACUGCAGGAUCGUAACACUCGUUGAUCUGGACAUAGGGUUAGGCCGAAUUUUCAAGAGGAUUACUGCAAGUUUCUCAUGUGGUUUACACAGCUGGGUGGCUUUUAAGGGGUGUUGGUUUUCAGAACUUCUGAACGAUUAGACGUUGAUGCAGUAUUUUUCAGAGUAAGCCUCCUAAUUCACUAAAGACUUCUAAGAACAAAAUAUCAUCAUCCUUUUCCAUGAAUUCAAAAAGUGCAUUUGUGUUGAAAUGUCAGUGCUUUUAUUGGUCAGUUUCUAGCAAUAAUUAAAAUUAGCAUUUGUUCAUGUUUUGAAGAUGAGCAACGCUCAGUACCCAGGGGAAGUUUAUAAACAAGAGAAAUAUGUUAAAUGAUUUUUCAUUUAGAAUGCCGUGGCAGUGGUAGGAAGUUACAAUAUACCAUCAAACCCCUAGAUUAAAUUAUUAGUGACAGGUGCACACAAAGAAUAAAUGCAAAGUUUAUCUGCUUUGAAAACAAUAGUGUGACUCAACUUGUUAUGCAACACAUGUGCUUUGUUGCAAUUUGAUAACUGUGCAAAGCAUGGUGAAAACAGAAUAAUAGUGGUUCAGUUACUUUCUGGAAGAUCUCAGCUGAAAAAUAUUCAUGAAAACUAUUCAUGGCCCUGUCCUAACUUUGAAUUAGAAGAUGAACUAAACAAAUGUUUUAGUAGUCACAGUGACAGUGAUUGCUUGGUUAACAUGUCACCUCCUAGUGAUUUCCAAACCUGUUUACAGCCUUGGACCUCCUCUGUGUAGGUUUUAGAUGGAGACUUCUGCCUGUGAGCCAGACAGCCUCGUGUGAGACUUUUGCAAGUAUUGAAUUCAUGUAUUCACUCUGGAUGCAGCAGGACUGCUUAUGGCUUGUAAUAUAACUGGGAAGAACAGCUACUAAAUGUGUGUAUACAUACAGCAAAAGAUUCCCAAACUGCAAUACAGGGGUUUUUUUACCCCCUCUGAGAUAAGUGGAAUAGUUUUCUUUAAAACAAAACUUUUAAGACAUCUGCAGUUGCAAGCCCACAUCAAAUUGCUUGUAAUUGGGCUUUAGUCUCACAAAAUAGUGACUUGGAGUAAAGAUAUACACUCUAACACCAGUGUUCACAAUUAUUUUUGUGUUAUCCUUCAAGCUUGUUUGUAUUACAGAACUCCGUUUUGAAGUGAGCUGUUUGAUUAAUAAAAGAGGAAUAUUUUAUUAGGCUUGAUAGAGCCUGUGUCUUCUCCUUGGUGGGCUGGUUCACAGUGUUACAUCAUGAAUGGACACUCUCAGAUCAGAAUUUUUGCCUAAAUUUUUUGCUGGUUACAUGAUCUAGGUUUUACAGCAAACUGAGUGGGUAGGCUGCUGAAAGCAGGGUGCUGCUUACUUUUCUUCUUUUCUGUAGUGUAGGUGACCAAAUGCAGGUUUGGUAGCUACAACUUGCAUUUUUAAAAACUGAGUUGAGGCGUAAGUGCAGUGUGGAAAGCAGAUGUGGAAAAAGGUUAAAGGUCGUUUCCUUCCUCUUUUCUGAUUUUGUCUUUUUGGCUGGCAGGGUUGUGUCAGUCACAGCUUCAGUACUUAAAGCCUUUUGUGUUACAUGCACGAGCUCAUCAGAAGGUAUUUGUAUGAGCAGGUUUUCAGGCAUUUAUGGGAUUACUUCUAAUGGUUUCUGGUGCUUGUAUGAAUUUGGGGAGGGAAGGUCUGUGUUCAUCAAGAUCUCUCAUUUCUCCUAAUGCAGACUAAAGGGAGAGAGGGAAAGAUGGCGAAAUGUAACAGGUGCUGUCUUCUCAUUCUGGUGGCAGAAGAUGCUCACAGCCCCACUUUCCAAGUAUCAAACAAAGACACUUCUUCAGAAGCUGCCAAAGUAGAGUUUGGGGGGUGGGUCUUAGCCCCAGUGGAAAUGAUGGUGAAGCUAUAAAUCCAGAGGGGCAACUAGCUGUGGGGCUGCUAUAGUGCUGGUGACUAUGGGUCAUUGAGGAACACAAUUUUUAGCCAGUGUUGCACGUAUUUGGGUAUAUGAAAAGUUGUUUUAGAGCCUGCUGGGGCUGAUAGGCCCAGUCAGAGACCUACCUCUUUGAAAGGGACAGUGUCUGUGAAAGGGACAGUCUCUGACUGUUCUGAACUUCUAUGGGAGACUCAGAACAACUCUCCCAGCUGACAAACUAUUAAAAUGUCUCUUCUUUUAUAUAGUGGUUUAUUAAGAUUUAUUGCUGAGGAAAUUUUGAUGCUUGUGUUUCAUAACUUCUGAGUAUUUACUUGCAAUUCUGACAUUCUUUUGGGAUAGUUUUUUGUACAUGGUUUGCAUUGACAGCCAGGGAGAAGAGGGCAUGAGAGGAAAGGUGAGUGUCUGCAUUUAUAUUGGCUCAGAAAGAUCCAGAUGAGAAGCUGAGCAGCAGGAGAGAGGUCAGUGGAGAAGAGAGAUUUGUGAGUCAGUAAAGCUGUGUAAGGGAAUGAGGUCGAUCUGGAAUAAGGUUAAGAGGGUAGAAGGAGGUUUUUAAGUGGCAGCAAGAACACAUGGUGAUAUGGUGAGGAAUGGCAGAGAAGGAAGGUGCUCUGAGUGUGUUGUACUAGAAAACUCAAGAUGAUAGGAGACUACAGAAAGGCAGGGAAGACACGAGCAUAAAAAAAGGCAUUUUCUAAAAGAAGAUGUAGGAGCGCCUGUUGCCAUUGAGAAAGUCUGCUCAUCAGUUAAAGUGAGGGAGAGAAGGGUGUGGCAAAGGGCAAAAUACAGAAAUGGGGUGUGUUAAAGCUCUAACAGACCAUUGUAGAAUUUUUUUCUUGGUUGCAUUUAGUAAUUUAGUGUCCUACUGAGACGAAAAGCUUCUUAACUACAUCUUUACCUUUCCAUAAGGGGACUUCUGAUGUGAAGACUUUUUUAGACCCGUUUAACUUCUUAACUAUUUUUAAGACUACUUGCACUUCCUUGACAUCUAAAGCAUUUGUGGUAUAACCAUGUAGAGAAAAUAGUCUGUUAUCAAAAGUCUGUUCCAUUGUUCCAGAAAAUGGAAAUGAGGAUGGGUUGUCCAAAAUGUUGAAUACCAGUUCUUGCAUUUUGACAUAGGUCACUUUAGGUGACUGUGAUAAAGGAACACAUCAUAGAAGCUGCUCUAAUGAGUUGCAGUGAAACAACCCUCAGUGUGUGUUCAUACUUGUGUACAAGUGGGGUUUGUGUAUAGCAUGUUUGGAGCUGAGGGAAGUGAUCGUAUGUUUUAGAUAGUCUUAUAUCUGUGUUCUUAUAUGGGCCCUUAUGGAAAAAUGAAAAUAUUCACGUCCUAAUGUUGUGAUCUAAAUUGUGCACGAUAUACAAUGGAAUUUUACCAAAAGAGAAGCAGGGUAGAGUGUGGGUGGGCAAUGGUGCAGGUUAGUGAGGGGUGCCUGUUGCAUGUGUGCUUUGCUCUUGUCCAGUUUGAUGGAAUUUGGGAGCAGGCUGAAAUAUGGGCUGCUGGCAUGGUAGGUAUGAGAAGGAUGACAAGGAUUAAGCAAGGUUGAAGUCAUGCAAUAUCUGAAGGGCAGCAGGAGUACAUCAGUUGAUGUAUGAAUAAAGUAAAAGCAGCACAAAGUUGAAUAACAUCUGAGGGGCACAAAGAGGAAAUUUUCAUUUCCUUAAUUUUAGUUAUGUUUUUCUUCACAAAUUCUUACUGCAAUGUGCAGUGUGUUGUUUGUAAAAACAUGUGAAAUGGAUGGCAUUGCCAAGUUCUAUCAGACAUGAGUUUACUGUGAAGGGGGCAGUGGUAGGACCUCUGUGGUACCUAACCCAUGGUCUCUGUCACAAGGUUGAGGAGUUUUAGUAGAGCUGUGCAGUUUCCCCCUUGCUUCUCUGCGUCUUUAUCUCUGUAUUCUGUGUUAUUCCAUACUUGCUAUGUAGUUGCUAAUAUGUAUUUUCUUUGGAUUUUUUUUUUUAGCUUUUAAAUGAGAACGUGAAACAGAGUUGGGUACUAUCACAGCUUCUUUGUAAGCAGUAUGAGCAUUGCAGGUUGCAGGCUUGGGUGACACUUCAUGAAUAAACUUCAUUCUUGUGGUACAGACUGAAAAAGCGCUUGCCCUGAAAUGGACACCUUUGGGUAUAGCUACAAAGAGGCUGGAAGAAAUUAUAAAAGCAUAAAAAAAAAGGAUAUGUAUGGUUAAAAAAAAAAAAAAGGCAGGGGGUGCUGGGAGACUCAAGAAAGGGGGAGGAGGCUGCAGUGAUGCAAAUUAUAUUUCAAGGUGUACCUGUGUCUGAGGUUCACUAUGGGAGGGAGCAGAAUUAUAGGUCCUCUCCACUUUUUGAAUGCUCAGGUUGCUCAAGGGACUUAAAAUAGUCACAGUAAACUUUAAUGUCUCUGAAAUAGCCAGAAAAUCUCGCAGGUUAUGGGCUCAUGUUCAUGAGAUACAUUUUCAAGUCAAUUUUGAUAAGUGAUAGUUAAUUCUGAAGAAAACUGUAAUAAAACUUGCUUCUGAAUUUUUAUAUUAAGUCUGAUGUUGAAUGUUCUGAACACAGAGUUCAAGAUGCAGUAAAUACAUGAGGAAUGCAUUGUUUUCACCUCUGCCCUAAUGCAGAGCAAUAUUCUGCAAUAACCUAUCAUGGGUUUUGUGUUGGAAUGGGGCUGAUGUAUGUUACACUUCCUAGAAAUAUUAUGCAGAGGUUUUCAAAACAUUCUGUUUUAACGUUACUGAAGUAUCCAAGAGUUUCACAACAUCUAAUUGCAUGGAACAUCUUGGCUCAGAACUCAUCUAAACAGAACUUUAUGGGCAGGGUUAUAAUGUCAUCUGGGAAAAAAAAAUCGUUACCCUUUUUUAACCUGUUGAAAUUAUUUCAUCCAUUUUUUGUCUCCUUGUGAAAAUGGUAAACAGACAUUUCUUAAAGCAAGGAGGUUUUUUUCUUCCCAUACUGUAUUCCUGAUACUUGCUUCUGGGUCUUGGCUCUUUAGUAUGCACAUCAAGGUCUUUCCCUGAGGAUUUUUAGUCUAUUCAUGCAAUGAAAGUGAAACAUGCGAUGCUUUUCUUCUCGUGAUUUUUGUCUACAACUGCCAGAGUGUUUUGUCCUAGGAACAUCUCAUUCAAAUUGUUGUGGUUGCUACAUCUGACUGCUAUUGUACAUGCAGAAGCUUUGUCCCUGGAUAUACUGCCUUCACAACAGCAGUUACUGUGUAUGCCUGAAUGAUUCCGACUAUAUUCACUGCUCUCAGAAGACAUAAGCAUGAAAGAACAUGCUGCACUUUAGGGACAGGAAUGAAGGACUUCAAGGACUCCUAAAAUUGCUUAUGCUCCUAAGGUUCUCAUGAAAUCAUAUCCUGAGCCUUGCUGCAGAAACAUCCCUGCCUAGUUAAAUGUGGACUUGAUGUCAUGAUUAUAUGUUACUGUCUGUCAGUGGCAGCUCUGACUUAAAAGCUUGAUGUCCUCCACCUUGACUCACAGUCUUUCUUUCCACCUUGAUAGUUCAUUGGUCUGCUGGUUAACUUUCUGGCUUUCCUGUAGCUGUGUUAAACCAUAAUUAUCUGAUUUAAAAUCUAGUGCCUUUUUCAUGCCUGAAUUUCACAGAUCUGGCACAAAGAACAGCCACCAAGAUGGACCUUGAUUACUGAAAUAUUUUUCUUUACAUAUUAGGAGUUUUUGCGAUGGUGGUAUUGCUGGUAACUUAAGAAAGAAGGAUUGAUUCUUGCCAUAAUCAGUCAUGUAAACAGCACCCAAUAUUCUCAUAUUGCAGGCUGUUAAAUUAAUGAAAUGGGAAAGGAAAAGUUUAUUAUAACUCAGUUCUGUCAUGAAUAGAAGUUAGCCAGAUGUAAACCUGCUACUUUUCUCUGACAUUUUGACACAGAAAGUUCUAUUUGGUUGUGUCAUCCUUGACUGUUUCUUUUGCUUUUUAUUGUUUCAGGUUAUUACCCAUAAACUUGGAAUUUAGCAACCAAAUACACAAUUUGCUCUGAAAACUUAGUGGUUUUGGUGGUGGGAGAAACCAUCCUGUGUACUCUUAAGCUUUGUGUAGACUACUGUUGAUGCUGAGGAAAAUGCAGAAAGCAUCCAGUAAAAAGGAGAUAAUGAAAAUGAUAAAAGGGUUUGGAUGGUUAUUCAGCUGGCUUCCUGCCUGGUGUCCCACAUCGCUGCUACACCUUAAAGAGGCUGAGGACAAAAUGCUAAAAUGUAUCGCAAGCAUAUACAAUAAACGAUACGUGUAUAUUUCUAAUGGAAAUAAAAUAUGGACACUGACGUUCUCUCCAGACCUUUCAAAUAAAACUCCACUUGUUCUCCUGCAUGGGUUUGGAGGAGGUGUUGGACUGUGGGCUCUCAACUUUGAAGAUCUCUGUGAAAACAGGACCGUUCAUGCUUUCGACCUCUUGGGAUUUGGACGUAGCAGUAGACCACACUUUGACACUGAUGCUCGGGAAGCAGAAAAUCAGUUUGUGGAAUCCAUAGAAGAAUGGAGAAGGGAGGUGGGGCUAGAAAAAAUGAUUUUGCUUGGACACAAUCUAGGCGGAUUCCUGGCUGCUGCUUACUCCUUAAAAUAUCCAUCAAGGGUCAAGCAUCUUAUCUUAGUGGAGCCAUGGGGUUUUCCAGAGAGGCCUGACAAUGCUGAACACGAAAGACCAAUUCCAAUCUGGAUCAAAGCACUAGGAGCUAUAUUGAGUCCAUUUAAUCCAUUAGCUGGGCUAAGAAUAGCAGGACCCUUUGGAUUAAGCCUUGUUCAACGUUUAAGACCAGAUUUCAAGCGAAAAUAUUCAUCAAUGUUUGAUGAUAACACUGUGGCUGAAUAUAUCUAUCACUGCAAUGUACAGUCACCCAGUGGUGAAACAGCUUUCAAGAACAUGACAAUUCCUUAUGGAUGGGCAAAAAGGCCAAUGCUGCAAAGGAUUUCACAAAUGGAUCAAGACAUUCCUAUCACGGUGGUCUAUGGAGCACGUUCAUGUAUAGAUGGCAAUUCUGGCAGCACUAUCCAGUCUCUGAGACCAAAUUCCUAUGUGAAGACAAUAGCUAUCCUCGGUGCGGGUCAUUACGUGUACGCUGAUCAACCUGAAGACUUCAAUGGGAAAGUGAAAGACAUCUGUGACUCUGUGGACUGAAUGUCCUCUGUUCUUUAGAAAGUCAUACCGUAGAUAGCAUUUAAUGGCAAUACUCUCUAGGAAAUCACUAAAGAAUGCAGAGCUAAUGGAACAGGCUCUGUUUGCACACUGUUUCUUCUAAGAAGCCAUUUGCACACUUAAACCACUGAGUGCCUAUUUUUGGGGGGAAUGAAGAGGUUUGAAGCUAACUUUGUACAGCUUUUUUUUUUUUUUUUUUUUAAUUGUCCUGUCAGAUACAAAAUUACAUGUAACUUUUGAAACUGGAAUUUUCUUCAAAAUUGAAUUGAACUUUGCACGUGUUGAACUCUCUAAAAAUGCUGAAUUCUCCAACAUGGAGAACUGUAUCAAUAGAGAUACAAUGAACAAAAUGCAAUUUGUUUUCUUUAUGAGCGUUCGUACCUCUUAGCUGAUGUUUCAUAGCAAGAAUAUGAAACUGCAUAUGUUGGUUUUUUUUUUUUGGAACCCAGAACUCCAUAUACAAUAUUUUAAGAGGGUUUUUUUUUUUAAUUGGAAUGGUAACAGCUUAUGAAACUCAUUUUGGGAAAGGGAUGGGGCCAAAAUAAUGAGCAAUGUGUGUCACUGAAAUAUGUUUGUUAGUUUAUAAGAAAUUGAGGCUCAGUUUUGGGAAAUCCAUCUUCUGUUGGAUUUUAUUUCCAUUUAUCUCAAGGCAUCCUUUUCCAUCUGUGCAACUUCUACGGAAGACUCGGUUUGUAAGAGUCGAUGAUGUCACCAGCACUCAUGCUUCCAUAAAUAUUUUUAUGUGCAGAUUUCUGUGAUUUAAAAUACAGAAGAUGGCUUGUUAGUUACUCCACCUAUUUUUAACACUUUACUGCAAGAUUUGUUACUAGUCUAAAUCUAACAGUUGUGGGUAAGCUGAUAAGAUUUCGAUUAGGGCUAGGAGAUAUCCACCUGGAUAGUGAGCCUAUUUCCCAUUUUCUUUCAGUGGAAAGCCUAGUCCAUAUUUUAGUGAAUUUGAGCUGAAGGAGAGGCAGAGGCAGAAUAUUGAUGUUCUCUAAAUGGGAACUACUGCAGCUUAAUGUAUUUUAUUUAACAUUCAGCCUCCUUAUAGGAAGGAUUAUUAUUGGAAUGAACAAUACCACUGUAAUGAAUUACAAUUACAUGUUUUGGAGAGUCUUUAUAUAUUUUAAUUGAGUAUUUCAAUAUCAGAGAUAGUCCAGUCUCUGCUACUUUUUGAAUUAUAGUUCCAUGUUACUACUUCACAUGUCUAGUAAAUUAUAUUAAGAAAAAUACUUUGUCACUUUAAAGCCAAAUAAUGUGGUGGUUUGUUUUUUAAAAAGUUUACAUAAAACUAUUGAUCUGUUUUUGAAUAUUCAAUUGACUACUGAAGAGUUUGUGAUACUUUUAUACAAAGAGAAUUUGAAUUAAUGAUAGCACCGUCUUAAAGCUUGAAUUAUGUGCAUUUUUUUAUCAAAUUAAGGAAAUGCUGCACAUAGUUAUGAUGUGGAAGGGAAAGAUACCUAAAAUAUUCAGGACAUAAUGUGAUUAUGUUCCCCAGCAGAACAUGGUCUCUCUUACUGAAGGAGAUAUUUAUCUGUACGGUGCUAUGUAAACAUCAAACAGUUUUUGUGACUGCCUUGACUGGUAGCACUUCAUAUCUAGCAAGAUAAAUAUUUUAAUUAAAAAUAAAUAUUGAAUUAAAUUAAUUUUUCAAUUAGCAGAUUCAAUUGCCAGAACUGCAAAACAAAAUUUUGAGUUAUUUGCUAAAAUCUUGAAAAUAGAAAAUCAGAAUUAUCAAUUAUCAAUUCCAUUUUUUAAUAUAAGCUACAAAUUAUCAGUCAUGCCACCAUUUAGGUGGAUGCCUUCAGCAUGUUGGUUAUUUUUCACCCUUUUCAGUGUCUUAUUUUGUAUUUAUCAAUUUAAACAGCUGUUUUAGUUGUGCAUAAAAACCGAAUGCAAAAAUAAAUUUUGAGUCUCCUCCAAAUAAUAAAAGGUUAAACAAAUUAUUGGAAUUUUUAGAUAGCACUUACUGAUGGGAAUUGUAGAUUCCACAUCAAAAGUUGGAAGUAGGGAUAAAAAUUGCACACUGGAUGUGAAUAUUGUUUUAAAUAUACCUUGCUUUUUCAGCUUAUUGUACUAAUAAGACUUAUUGGUUAUGUUUUGCACAAUAAAAAAUGUUUCUUUAAUGUUAUAUUUUAUUAAUGUUAAGACAUUGUAUUACUUUUUUUUAAAAAAUUAUGUGCAAUUAAGCCCUGGGAAUCAAAUUAUUAGUAAGUUGAGGUAAAUGAUCCAAAUUAAAAUUAAUGCUUAUUUUCAAAUGUCUCAAUGUUCUUAGGUUUCCUUGUAUUUAACUGAAGCUACUUUAUCAAGUAGCUGCUUGUUUGUAUAUAUAAGGGAAAGGAUUCUGUGUUAUCUUCCAGGAAGUAUUAGAUGCUACUGUGAAGGUCAAGAUGGAAUGCUGAAUGUCCUACUGUGUGCAACAUAAUCUGAUCAAAUUACUUUAAUAAAUGUCAUAGGAGGUGCUGAACAGAAAAUUAAUGGCUGAAAAGACUUGGGAGCUAGACCUUUUGUGAGCAAUUACUGCCUGGAAAUAAUCUCAGUUUCUCCAGAAGUUCUGUUUCAGUGCAGUGACCAGUUGCUUAAAUGUGCUGUGGUGAGCACUGAAUGCUGAUGAUGCUGUUUUUAUUACAGCACUAUAAAAUAAGACAAGAGUAACAGGCAUAAAGGCACCCAAAGAUCUAUCCCAUUCUAACAUCAAAAUGAAGACAGCUGUGUACCAGAGGCUAGAGCCUAACAAAAAGAAUCCAAAAUAUUAAUAAAAAUCCAAGAUAAACGGGACACACUCUUCCUGAAGUUGUUGUGAUAAAAUUUAUUUAAAGUAACUUAGUAAUAUUUUGUUUGCCAUGGCUGAGUUCAUCUUGUUACUUAUUGAACCCUGCCAGAUUAGAUUUUAGUUCUGAAAAACUGAUUUUCGGAGAACUUGUUGAUAAGAUUCUAUAAUAAAAUAUUUGCAACCAUCACAA